GGAGCCUUUCGUAAUUGCCCCCCUCCCGCGGCCCCCUCCCCCAGGCCUCCCCCUCCGCCCGCCCUCCCGCCCGCCUCUCUCCCUCCCUCCUUCCCUCGCAGCCGACGAGGCAGCAAUUACGCUUUGGGGAUAAAACGAGGUGCAGAGAGCCGGCCGGGGCAUUUCUCCCCGAGAUGGCGGGUCUGAGAGCUGCAGCCCCGAGGCCCGGGGUCCUCCUGCUCCUACUAGCUACCCUGCACCCCUCGCAGCCUGGAGGGGUCCCAGGGGCUGUUCCUGGCGCGGUUCCCGGAGGAGUCUUUUAUCCAGGGGCUGGUCUUGGAGGCCUUGGAAUAGGAGCACUGGGGGCUGGAGUCAAACCGCCUAAGCCAGGGCUCGGCGCGUACCCUCCAGUCACCUACCCGGGUGCUCUGGUGCCCGGCGCAGCGGCUGGUGCUGCCGCAGCCGCUGCUGCAGCCUACAAAGCCGCCAAGGCUGGUGCUGGGCUUGGCGGCGUCCCUGGUGUUCCUGGUGUCGGUGCCAUCCCUGGCGUCGGUGCCGUCCCUGGCGUCGGUGUUGGUGGCUUAGGAGUGUCUACAGGUGUGGCGGUGCCCAAACCCGGAGCAGCAGUCGGAGCCGUGGGGAAGCCUGGGAAAGUGCCCGGUGUGGGUCUGCCAGGUGUUUACCCAGGUGGCGUGCUCCCAGGCGCAGGAGUUCGGUUCCCCGGUGUGGGGGUGCUCCCUGGGGUUCCCACCGGGGCCGGAGUCAAGCCCAAGCCAGGGGUUGGAGCUUUUGGGGGCCUACAGCCCGGAGUCCCACUGGGGUACCCCAUAAAGGCACCCAAGCUGCCAGGUGGCUAUGGGCUUCCCUACAGUACUGGAAAAUUGCCCUAUGGCUUUGGGCCCGGAGGAGUGGCUGGUGCAGCAGGCAAGGCUGGCUAUCCGACGGGGACAGGGGUUGGCCCCCAGGCUGCAGCAGCGGCAGCUAAAGCAGCGAAAUAUGGUGCUGGAGUUCUCCCUGGUGUGGGUGUCGGAGGCGCUGGCAUUCCUGGGAUUGGAGGCAUUGCAGGGGCUGGUGCAGCUGCUGCUGCGAAGGCAGCAGCUAAAGCAGCCAAGUAUGGAGGCGUCCCAGGUGUAGAAGUCCCAGGUGUUGGCGUCCCAGGUGUUGGAGUCCCAGGUGUUGGCGUCCCAGGUGUUGGAGUCCCAGGUGUUGGCGUCCCAGGUGUUGGCGUCCCAGGUGUUGGCAUCCCAGGUGUUGGCAAACCAGGUGUUGGCGUCCCAGGUGUUGGCGUCCCAGGUGUUGGCAUCCCAGGUGUUGGCGUCCCAGGUGUUGGCGUCCCAGGUGUUGGGGUUCCAGGUGUUGGCGUCCCAGGUGUUGGCGUUCCAGGUGUUGGAGUUCCAGGUGUUGGAGUCCCAGGUGUUGGGGUUCCAGGUGUUGGGGUCCCAGGGGCUGUGUCCCCAGCCGCAGCAGCUAAAGCAGCCGCCAAAGCAGCCAAAUAUGGGGCCAGAGCCGGCGUCGGGAUUGGGGGCAUCCCCACGUUUGGGGUCGGUGUUGGGGGCUUCCCCGGCUAUGGUGUUGGAGUCGGAGGUGUUCCUGGAGUUGGCCUCACCCCUGAAGCCCAGGCAGCAGCAGCCGCCAAAGCUGCCAAGUAUGGUGUCGGAGCACCAGGAGCCUUGGGAGGGCUGGUGCCAGGGGCUGUCCCAGGUGUGCCGGGCAUAGGAGGGGUGCCAGGAGUAGGAACCCCAGCAGCUGCAGCCGCCAAAGCAGCCGCCAAAGCUGCCCAGUUUGGGAUAGCUCCCGGCGUCGGUGUCGCACCAGGUGUCGGCGUCGUUCCCGGUGUCGGCGUUCCCGGUGUUGUCCCCGGUGUCGUCCCCGGUGUUGUCCCCGGUGUUGUCCCCGGUGUUGUUCCUGGUGCUGUUCCUGGGGUUGGCGUUGCACCCGGUGUUGGUGUCGUUCCUGGCGUUGGCGUCGUCCCCGGUGGCAUCGUAGAGACCCCGGCCGCAGCCAAAGCCGCUGCCAAGGCGGCCGCCAAAGCCCAGUACCGGGCUGCGGCUGGGCUUGGUGUCGGCGUGCCUGGAUUUGGAGCUGGUGUUGGUGUGCCUGGGUUUGGAGUUGGUGCAGUACCUGGUCCCCUGGCCGCAGCCAAAGCAGCCAAAUUUGGAGCAGGAGUCCCCGGGGCCCUUGGAGGAGUAGGUGUCCCAGGGGUAGGACCCGCGGCCGCUGCGGCCGCUGCCAAAGCUGCAGCCAAAGCCGCGCAGUACGGCCUUGGGGUACCCGGAGGGCUCGGAGUGGGGGGACUGGGAGCCGUCCCAGGUAUUGGGGCCUUUGCAGGUGUGUCCCCAGCUGCAGCUGCUAAAGCAGCCAAAUAUGGAGUGGCAGCAAGACCUGGCUUCGGACUGUCACCCAUUUUCCCAGGUGGCAGAGCCGGGGCCCUGGGAGUUGGCGGAAAACCCUACGGAGGGGCCCUGGGAGCCCUGGGAUUCCAACCUGGGGCCUGCCUGGGGAAAGCCUGUGGCCGGAAGAGAAAGUGAGAUUCCUGGGAUCCCUGAAUUGCGACCUCAUCAACGUUGGUGCUACUGCUUGGUGGAGAAUGUAAACCCUUCGUGACCCACCCCCACCCCCCAACAUCCCCUCCUAAGUCGCUGCCCCCAGAGGGGCCGGGGCAGGCCGGGCGGCCUUGGCAAUCCACAGGGCAAGGAAACAGGAGAAGGGUGGCCAAGUGGUCCCCGGGAGGCCCCCCACUUCAGAGGCAAGGGGUGGGUAGGCUCAGCCCCCUACCCCCCACCCCCUUCCCACCCAGGAGCUCCCCCUCCAUACACUCUCCAUCUCCAUCUCCAGGGGAACUUGGUGCUACAUGCUGGUGCUCUCAUUUUCCUGGGGGGGGGAGGGAGGAGGGAAGGGCAGCCCCUCGGGGAACCCCCUCCCUGGGGCUCCUCUGAAGAUGGUGCGGACACUUCCUGGGCAGGCCCACUGCCCCCUGCCCACCAGGACCCACCCUUGGCUGUGGUCCAGUUGACAUCCAAGCACCUUAAGCCUUCAGCUGGAUUCAGUCACACCCUCCAUUGUCCCCCCCCCCCGGCCCCCUCUCCCGCAACAAUUGCUGUUCCCCACAUUUGGGGCACCUUUGGGUCAAGAGACCCCCCCCCCAUUGGGAAUAGCCCCCUUGCUCUUGUGGAAUCCGUCCGCCCAACCGUCCAACCAUCCGUCCUUGUCCCCAGUUUGCCGUCUGGCACCACUAGCUGGCUGGACACCCCCACCAUCCACCUGGUUGACUUGUCAUGGCAGCCUCUGCCCUGCCCCUCCCCCCCCCCCCCCACCCCCCACUCACCCCCCCAUAAAGGGGUCCAAUGGAGUCGAGGGUGUGAGGGGCUGUGUCGGCCGGGGCAGCAGGAAUCUCCUCCCAGCCUCAGUUUCCCCCACACGCAGUACUGUAUCCCCCAUUCCCCCCUCCAGCCAUUGUACUUCAGAACAUUUCCCAGCCCGCCCCGCCCAUCUCUUUGUGUCUCGCUGUGAUAGAUCAAUAAAUAUUUUAUUUUUUGUCCUGGAUAUUUGGGGAUUGUUUUUGAUUGUUGAUGUUCUCUUUGAUUUUAUUUUUAUGGAUCAUUGAAAAAAAAUUUUUUUUUCUGAUCGGGGGAGCUGUAUCCCCAGUAGAAAGUUCAUUUUAAUCACUUUGGUAUAACUCUGGAUGAAACACAUUUUUUUUUUAAUAAGAAAAGAGAAUUAACUGCCCUGAAAAGAAUAAUAAAUGAAAACCUUUUAAA